CAACUUUUUGAAAUUCAAAAAUUUGGUUACACAAAUUUAAAAAUUAGAAAGUAAGAGUGUGCGAGUCAAACCUCAAACCAAAAUUGAAUUGUUGAAAAAGUUUUGAAAACACGUUUGAUUUAAAAGAAGGUAUUACGCUUAAGGAUCCAAUCCCAUCAAUUCUACCCUUCACACAUAUAUCCAUACACAAUAAUCAAUCAUGGCCAGAAAAGAUUCAGCUGCCGUUGCCGCUGCAGCUCUUAAAAAAUCUCAAUCGUCUAAUAAUUCAUCCAAUUCAACUGGUUCUAAAAACCCACUUUCUAAAAUAUCUAAUAUCACUUCAUCUAUAAAUGAAGUAUUUUCUGCCAUAAAUACCACUUAUGCUGAUUAUUUCGAAACUUUAACUCCAAGAUUGAAAUUGAUUGAUAUAUUCUUAGUCUUCUUAGUGGCAUUAGGUAUACUUCAAUUUAUUCAUGUGUUAUUAAUUGGUAGUUUCCCAUUUAAUGCGUUUUUAGGAGGAUUUAUUUCAUGUGUGGGUCAAUUCGUAUUGACUGUUAGUUUAAGAUUACAAGUGAAAGAAACUCAUAAAUCUGAUGAAAAAGUCAAUGAAGAAGAAGAUGAUGAUGCUGAAGAAGAUGAAGAAGAAAUUGUUGAUGAAGAAUUGGUCAUUAAAUCCGAUGAACCAAAAGUUAGCGAUAAGAUAUUUAAGGUUAUUAGUCCUGAACGUUCAUUUGGUGAUUUCAUAUUUGCAAGUUUAAUCUUACAUUUCAUAGUAAUUCAUUUCAUCAAUUGAUCCUACAAUACAAAACAUAAUUGCUAUUGCUAUCACGGGCACUUUAUAUACGUAAUAUAUAUAUUGACUUGAUUUAAUCAGUUGAUGAAAAGUGUUAUUUUUUUGCUAUCAUUUCAAUUGCUUAUAGUUAUAUGGUAUACGUCCAUAGAAUAGUGAAAUAGCUAAGUAAAGUAUAAAUAUAAGUUAAAUAUAUAUAUAAAACAUACAUAAGGGUAAAAAGUAAAUAAUAAAAGUAUAAUAAUAAUUAAAGAUAAAGAAGUAGAUGAUACUUUUUUUUUUG